AUGAAUGAGAAUUCAAGCAGUCAGUGUGCUCAAAUUUGUUUUCUUGUCUACACCGUUUUGUUUUGGCUUACUGGAUUGGCACGAAUAUUCUUGUCAUUAUGGACAUUAUUCGAUCCACGACGUAAUUAUGUUCUUGAUUUAGUGGACUUCUCAGAGGAUGAUCCAUUACUUCGAAGUGCCACUUAUUUAGCACUUAUCACUGGUUCUGUCACACUUAUAAUUGGUUUUAUAGGUUGCUGUGGUACUAUCAAAAAAUCCUUGUUUUUAAUUGCUACAUUUUCCAUUUGCUUGUUAAUAAUAUUUUUCGCCGAUGUAGCUGUUGCUUGUUUAACGUUAUUCUAUCAUAACAAGUUUGUUGGCGAUAAGUUGAGUGUGUAUCUAACAACGCUAAUACAAAAUCGGUAUGAUCGUGUUUAUUGGGUCACUCCACUCAUAGAUACCAUUCAGUACUAUUUUUUGACGAGUAAUUUUGACAAUAAAUUACAAUCGCUAAUGAGAGAAAAUUAUGGUGUUGGCUUAAAUACCGAACAAAAUGUUAGAAUAACAUCGCUUAUCGACAGAUUACAGUUUAAUGAGCAGUGCUGUGGUUCCAUGAAUUAUAAGGAGUGGAGUCGUAGUCGUUGGCGUACGUCAUAUUGGACUGAUGUAAAAUCAUUGCAACAACAGUCUCUUUUUGAUUCCGACUCUUUACCCAGUACGUGUUGUGUCCAGCUCCUUGGUGCUACAGCGAUGAAUCCCGUAGCUCGAAGUUCAUUACGGUGUCAACAACCUCAGGCUAAUAAAUUAUGGCGCCACCAAACGCAACAUUGUUGUGGUGUUACGACUCCUUCUAAUUACCGUGGCUCAUUUUGGUAUAAAACCAAUACCUUACGUGGUACCAUAUCCUUCGUACCACAGUCAUGCUGUAAGCAAACACAAGAAGCACGAGCAACGCAGUUGAAACCAAUAGAUCCGAUGUGUAUCGGUUAUGAUUACUUCACGUCUGCUUUCAAUAACUCUGUCAACAUCCAGGGUUGUUAUGAAAAGGUUUUAAGCUGGUUAACUGUACAAACGACUAUAUUCGUUUCCGUUGGUUUAUCAUUUGCUUUUUUCCAGCUGAUUGGAAUUUGCAUAGCAUUAUCUUUAUCGCGAUAUUUGCGUGGUUACCACUAUAUGACCGUAUGA